AUGUCUGUUAAACGCAAUAAUACUACAACCGCUUGUGUAAAUUGUCGUAAGAAAAGAACGAGAUGUACCGGGAAUUUUAGGUGUCAACGAUGCAUUAAACUUGGACUUGAGUGUACUUUCGUUCCACCAACGAAAAAACGUGGACCACAAAAGAAAGGAUUGCACGCAAUAGUUGAAACAAAAAAGUCCAUUACAAAUGAUUGUGCUGAAAGAUUUGCUCAUAUACGACAACGACAACAGCAACAGCAAACAUCUCAUUCGAUUUUCGUAAAUUCCCGAAACAAAAAUGACAAUACAAAAUGUAGUUUGCGUCUACCCUCAUUUUCUCAAAUAGAGAAUUUAGAUGAUAGCUUUCUCAACAAACCCACUCCCCCACUCAACCAACAACAUUGUGGAGACAUUUUCAACAAUAAAGAGCGUCAACAUUCAAUAAAUGAGCCUCGUAAAUCUGCAUUUACGCCUUAUUUCUCCCGACCUCCUCCGAUAUCUUCCAGUAACAAUAAUAAUAAUGUUACGAAUAGUUUAAACCAUUUACAAAAUCAAGAGUAUUCUUGGCUCCCAAAAAUGAAGAAUUCAAAUCCCUCUACAAUAAACCAUCUUGAAUUCUUGCCAUCCGUUCCAUUAUAUCCUUUACGAAAUGGAUUUCCUCAGUCUCCACUCAGUUUUGCACAAAAUGUGAAUUCUCAGUAUAAUCCAUUUCCACGUUUAUAUUCUCCUGCUCCAAUGAAGCCACAAAUUGAACUCCUUUCUUGA